CGUGAUAUUCUGGUCUGACACUGAAGUCUCACUGUCAUUUGCAUAAAAAAAUCAAGUAGACAGCGUUCGCGAUAUUCUAUUAAUACAUGAAACUGUCAGUGUUUAGAAGAUCAAAUUCUAGCGAUUCUCUCCUAAACACAGAUAAGUGAGACCAAAGAGAAACAGGAUGGAGUUUUUAAGACCACUGCAGCAAGAAGAUGCAAGAAUGUUGUUAAAAGAUCUUCUCUUUGCACUUCUUGUAUUAAUCCUUUUACUCUUUCUCGUCAAAUGGCUAAUCUUUAAUGCCUCAGUGAGGAAGAAAAAUUUGCCACCUUCACCAGCAAGACUCCCUGUACUAGGGAACUUCCAUCAACUAGGACUACUUCCACACCAGAGUCUCCGAGCUAUGGCACAGAAGCAUGGCCCCGUCAUGCUUGUUCACUUUGGUAGUGUGCCUACUAUUGUGCUCUCCUCUGCUGAUGCAGCCCGUGAAGUUAUGAAAAUUCAGGACAUUGCCUUCUGUGACAGGCCUGAAUCGAGUAUUGGCAGACGAUUGCUCUAUGACAUGAAGGAUAUAUCUGUGGCGCCUUAUGGAGAGUACUGGAGGCAGCUGAAAAGCAUCUUUGUUCUCCAGAUAGCAAGCAACAAAAGGGUGCAGUCAUUUCGUAACUUAAGAGAGGAAGAAACAGGCCUUAUGAUGAGCAAGAUUAAAGACAUGUCUUCUUCGUCGUUACCUGUGGAUCUGAGUGAGUUGUUUUUGACACUGACCAAUGACGUAUCCUGUAGGUCUGCAUUCGGAAGGAAGUACAGCGAAGAGGGGAACGGAAGGGAAUUCAAAAGAUUAUUGAGGGAGUUUCUGGAGUUACUAGGUGCUCUUAGUUUCAGGGAUUUUAUCCCCUGGCUUGGAUGGGUUGAUAGAAUUAGUGGCUUGGAUGCUAGACUGGACAGAGUUUUUAGGCGACUUGAUGACUUUCUUCAGGACGUCGUUCAAGAACACAUAAGUGAUCAAGAAAUACAACUUGGUGAAAGCAACCUUCAUGUUGAACAUAAAGAAGACUUUGUUGAUAUUUUGCUCAGGAUUCAGAAGGAAACCACUCAUGGAAUAUCAAUCGACGAUGAUAGUGUCAAGGCUGUCCUCUUGGAUAUAUAUUCUGCUGGAACUGAUACCACAGCUACAGCCCUGGAAUGGGCAAUGACAGAACUAUUGAGGCACCCGGUUGUCAUGAAUAAUGUGCAAAAGGAGGUCCGGGAAAUUCUUGGCUCCAAACCUGAUAUAAAGGAUGAUGAUCUGGAGAAAAUGAAGUAUCUGAAAGCAGUGAUCAAAGAAACUCUUCGUCUGCAUCCACCGGUACCCUUGUUGGUUCCCAGAGCAGCGCGCGAAGAUGUGAAAGUAAACGGCUAUGACAUUGCUGCUGGAACAAUGGUUAUAACUAAUGCCUGGGCUAUAGGAAGAGACCCCGAGACAUGGGACGAGCCUGAGGAGUUUCUGCCAGAGAGAUUCCUAAAUUCAUCGAUUGAUUUCAAAGGACAUGACUUCCAACUGAUUCCAUUUGGAGCUGGCAGACGAGGCUGCCCUGGAAUUGCUUUUGCUAUGGCCACCAAUGAAUUUGUGUUGGCAAAUCUUCUGCAUAAAUUUGACUGGAAGCUUCCAAAUGGAACAACUGAGGAGAAUUUGGACAUGUGUGAAAGCACUGGUGUCACAAUUCACAGAAAAGUUCCUCUUCUUGCUGUUGCAGACCCGCGGAUCGUGUGAAAUUAGUAUCAAUGGUCCCUUUAUGUUGUUUUAUCUUUGUAUUAACAAGUCAAAUUUACCAUUCAAAUCUGUAACACCAUCAAAUCACUGCAGCGUUCGAAGUUACUGAGCUUAUACAAUGUGAUUGCUGCUAAUAGAAUUGCAUAUCUUUUACCAACUCUGUAGAUUUCUUAAAUUUUUUAAGCUGUCAUCACAAGUUUUUAAACA